AUGUCCCGGGAAGGACUAUCCUUUAGCCCGACACCACCUCACCGAAGACUGGAGAAUAAAAGACACAGGACAACCAACAAGAACAAACACCUUACCAGAUCUGUUAGGGAAAAAGCCUUCUCCCCUGUACUGGCCCCGACCGCGGAUGUCCCGUACCCAUUCGAUGAGCCUCCGGCGGCUGCCAGUGCAGGGGGCCCGGCUCCCACCCGGGUAAGUCCCUACACAAUAAUCCCUAACCAAGACCAGAUAAGUGCUCCAGCCUACUUUCCAGCCUAUGAUACUGAACAAAGCAAUACAGUGGACGCCUCGACAACCUUCCAGAGGGCUCUGGGAGAGAAAAAAGGCCGCCGUGCCUCAUCCACUAAACCUGAACCUAGGAGCAACCUAAACAACGAGAUAAGAAAAGCUAACGACUCAGAUGAGCCGUCCUCAAGCUCCGUUACAACAGGCUCCUUCACCCGCUCCGGCAGAUUAUACAAUCCUUCAUCAUGCAGAACAACCUCGGCAACAACUCUUCCAUUACAAAGUCCAAUGGCGGGGUCAUGGCUCACCGAUAGCUAUGGAGCUUGCCAAAUAAACCCCGAAAUCUCAAGCCCCGCGGUUCUCGCCCAAAACCCCUUGAUGUCCCCGGGAGAGCGAUCCGUUAGUUCGACGCAACCUCACAACAGGCCGACGGACCAAAGACACAGCAUAACCAGUAAUAAUAAAUACGUUACCAGAUCUGCUAGGGAAAAAGCCCUCUCCCCUGCACCGGCCCCGUCCGUGGAUGUCCCGUACCCAGUCGAUGAGCCUCCGGCGGCUGCUGGUGCAGGGGGCCCGGCUCCAAUCCGGGUAAGUCACCCCACAAUAAACCCUAACCAGGAUCAGUUGAGCUCCCCGACCUACUUUUCAGCCAAUGAAACUGAGCAAAGCAAUUCUCUAAGACCCCCGGGAAGGGGGUUCCCCGUUAAUUCGACGCAGCCCCAUAGAAGCCCAGAGGACAAAAGAUACAGCAGAGCCAGCCCAGUGGUGUCCGAAAUUCACAUACCGCCAAGCCCAACAAAUACCGCUAAUCGUCGGAGAUAUUCUGGCCUCAGCACAUCCCCACCAGACGAAAAGGAUUCUACCCUAGCAAUCCAAUGGAAUACCAAUGGACUUCGAGCCAAUCUAGGUGAGCUACAGAUUAUUAUUGCUCGAAAUUCCCCUAUUUGUCUUGCGAUCCAAGAAACCCACACCAACAGCGAUAUAGAUCUAGCAACAUGGUUCGGCAACCGUUAUCAGUGGGAAACAGCUAGAGGAUCUAAUCUCUACCAAACAAUCGGCCUCGGCAUCAGGACAGAUAUACCUUCGGAACCAAUCCCUUUGACAACCGAGUUGAUUGCCACGGCGAGUCGGAUCACCUAUCCUCUCAACUGUACUGUAGCUAAUGUAUACCUGCCACACACAAUUAGCGAUUUCGGAAACAAAUUUAGAAACCUUGUCAGACAACUACCCAUCCCCUUCAUCAUUAUGGGUGACUUUAACGCGCACCACACCUCCUGGGGCUCAGAAAAAUGCUGCCACCGGGGCAACGUAAUCCUCGAGGUGGCCGAAGACACCAACACCAUCAUACUAAAUGACGGCAGUACCACAUUUCUCCGUGGCCGCACGUCGUCGGCCAUAGAUCUGACCAUUUGUUCCAGCAAUCUCGCUGGAUCACUCGGCUGGAGGGUAUCACCGGAUAUGGGUAAUAGUGAUCACUUUCCAAUCGUUAUAUCGCACAAAUAUUUAUCACCAGCAACCACACGCCGAAGACAAUGGAUUUUCGAUCGCGCUGACUGGCCGGUCUUCGAAGAAGAAAUCUCGGAAAGCCUGGACCACGACCGUAAUUACGCUACUGAUGAACUCACCAACAUCAUAUUGAGAGCAGCGGGUAAGAGUAUUCCCCGGACCAGCGGCACCCCCCCACCCAAAGCAGUACACUGGUGGAACCCUGAAGUGGCUGCAAUCCUUAAAGACCGCCGAACUGCACUGCGCGCACUCAAGAGAACACCCCGAGACCUCCCCAUUUGGGAGAAACGGUCGUCCGAAUACCGGCGCCUCAGAAACAAGGGAAAAAAGGCCGUUGAAGAAGCCAAAGCCGCUAGUUGGACCAAAUUUAUCGAUGGUAUCAGUCCCAAUUCUCCAACUCCUGAGUUGUGGAGAAGAGUUAACGCCCUAAGCGGAAAACGUCGGCAAAUAGGCUUUACACUCACAACCGAUGGAGGCACUACAAUGGAUCCACAAGCAAUAUCCAAUCAGAUUGGCACUCACUUCCAGCUCCUGUCAGCCGACGAAUCGCUCCCACCUGCCUUCCUUCGACGCAAGGCUGCAUUAGAAGCAUCCCCUACGAGUUUCUCACCGGACUCCAGUCAAGAAUACAAUAGAGCCUUCUCUAAUAUCGAACUCGCUACAGCUCUUGGUUGUGGUCGAGGCAAGUCAACAGGUCUUGACGAUAUAGGUUACCCCAUGUUGAGGCACCUCCCACCAAUUGGGAAGAGUGCACUACUUCGCAGCUUUAACACAAUCUGGGAAGGUGGGUCCUUCCCAGAUAACUGGCGUGAGGCUCUUAUUGUGCCAAUCCCAAAAAAGAAAAGACCCAGAAUCGCAAGUGACUUUCGCCCAAUAAGCCUUCUCCCGUGCACAUCUAAGGUGAUGGAAAGGAUGGUAAACCGAAGACUUACCACGCUCCUGGAGGAUCGUAACCUGCUUGAUCUCAGACAGUUCGCUUUUCGCAAAGGACUCGGUGCCGGAGUACACUUGGGAUCCUUCGGCGAAGUGGCAACUCAGGCCAUGAACGAAGGUCACCAUAUCGAUAUCGCCAUUCUGGACUUAGCCAAGGCCUACAACACUACGUGGCGUGAAGGAAUCCUCCGACAACUUAGGCAAUGGGGGAUUGAAGGAAAUUUAGGCCUCUUCGUGCAGCAUUUUUUGAGUAACAGGCGUUUUCAGGUUGGUAUAGGUGGAAGCCGAUCUAACUUUUUCCAAGAAGCAAAUGGGGUUCCCCAAGGCUCCGUCCUGGCGGUGACGCUCUUUCUUAUCGGGAUGAACUCACUGUUCGCCACCUUACCAAAGGGUGUUUUUAUAUUUGUAUAUGCGGAUGACAUUAUCUUGGUAGUCACCGGAAAACAUAAGACGCGCGUACGAAUCAAACUCCAAGCUGCUGUAAGAGCCGUCGGCAUUUGGGCGGAAUCAGUCGGCUUCAACAUUGCGGCCGAGAAAUGUGCAGUUACACACUGUUGCAAUACCAUGCACAGAGCAACGGAUCGGCCGGUGAAACUACUCGGUACCAUUAUACCGUUCAAAAAAGAACCAAAGAUUCUGGGUAUUACGAUUGAUCGUAAAUUGACCUUCCUACCGCAUUUUAGAAAUGUAAAACAAGACUGCAAGAGCAGAAAGCGAUUAAUUCAAGUAAUUAGCACACGACAUACCAAAUGUAAUCGCACAACCUUGCUUGACAUUAGUCGGGUCUUGAUCCAAAGCAAAAUAUAUUAUGGACUCGAACUAACAUGCUGCAACUGGGAAGAUAUGGUCAAGACGCUUAGCCCACUAUACCAUGGAGCGAUUCGUUUUGCAUCCAACCUCCUACCCAGCACGCCUGCUGAAGCUGCAUGUAUGGAGGCUGGUAUACUCCCAUUCAAAUGGGCCACAGCAGUUGCAACUCUGAGGCAGGCCCUUAGAUUCCUCGAGAAAACAACUGGCACUGACUGCGCUUUGUUACGGACCGCUGAAGAAAUCCACUCCAGCUUCACAAACUCCCCCCUGCCGCAAAUCGCCCGACUAUACAACACCGGAAACCGUGCCUGGUCAGAACACGGACCGAACACUGAUACCAAUCUGACCCGCCGUCUGAAGGCAGGUGUUUCCCCCAACAUUGCCCGAGCCAGUUUUCUACAACAUGUCAAUAGAAGGUACUCAAACCACCUGAAGAUAUUUACCGACGGAUCAAAGUUAAAUGGAAGGGUAGGGGUGGGUGUGAGUGGAGUGGGAGCUGGUCUUUCAACUCGCCUUCCCUCGCCGUGCUCUGUCUUCUCUGCUGAAGCUGCUGCCAUCGCUCUCGCUAUCACAAAGAAACCCGAAGAUGUUCCAGUUGUUAUUUUUUCCGACUCCUUGUCUGUUAUAACCGCACUAUCCUCCGGAAACUCCAGGCACCCAUUUGUGCAGGCUAUCGAACAAUCUUGCGACUCGCUCACCUCCAUCUGCUGGGUACCUGGACACAGUGGCAUCCACGGUAAUGAGGAUGCAGACCGCCUGGCAUGCCUCGGACGUCAAUCCAGCACCUUACUCACCAAGAAGGUUCCAGCGGCAGACAUCUUGAAUGAGUUCAAAGGGAAAGCGGAAGCAAAUUUUACAAGCCAUUGGAGAAGCAGCCAGGGACAUCUACAAAAAGUCAAGUGUACACUCGAAGGAUGGACCGACCGUGACAGCAGACUCGAACAGAGGGCUCUGUCCCGGCUCCGCGUGGGACACACAAAAAUCACUCACGCUCACACCAUAUCACGUGUCGACCCUCCGAUCUGUGAAUCCUGCCAAACUAGACUGACGGUCGAACACUUGCUGAUUAACUGCCAGGAGCUAAUCGAUCUCCGUCAGCAGUACAACCUGCCCUUGUCCAUUCGGGAUGUUUUGGAUAACGACCCAGUUCGAGAGGAGACCCUACUAGCCUUCUUAAAAGAUGCUAGGAUCUUUGAUGCAAUUUAA